CUCUCCCUGUGGCUAUAUAUAUACAUCCUCUCGCGGACAUGCUCUUUUUUUCUCCUUUCCUUCUCUCUCCCCUCUCUUCCGUUCGCUCGCCGACCGCUCACCGGCGGACUCGCCGUGGCCUUCCGACCGUUCAUCGAGCCGGAACGUCUCAUCCUCCGCUGCUUGACCUCUCCAAGCAGAAUAUCUUCGACUUGAAGAGGUUAGGAUUAUGGAUGGUACCAAGGGGCACGGGCUCAGAAAUGUGGCUUCUCAUUGCUCCAUCUCUGACAUGGACGAUUAUGAUAUCUCAAAGCUUCUCGAAAAGCCUAGGCUCAACAUAGAGAGGCAGAGAUCGUUUGACGAAAGGUCACUUAGCGAGUUGACCAUUUCCUUAGCUAGAGGGCUUGAUUCCUAUGAGCCCUCAUACUCGCCUGGAGCACGCUCAGGACGUUCUGGAUUUGAUACACCAGCUUCCUCAGCUAGGAACUCCUUUGAACCUCACCCUAUGGUUGCUGAUGCAUGGGAAGCUCUUCGCCGAUCUUUGGUGUACUUCCGGGGCCAGCCAGUGGGCACACUUGCCGCAUGUGACCAUGCUUCAGAGGAGGUCCUUAAUUAUGAUCAGGUUUUUGUUCGAGAUUUUGUACCUAGUGCUCUGGCUUUUCUAAUUAAUGGUGAGGCUGAUAUUGUCAAGAACUUUCUACUAAAGACCUUACUGCUUCAAGGGUGGGAAAAGAGAGUAGAUAGAUUCAAGCUUGGGGAAGGGGCAAUGCCAGCCAGUUUCAAAGUUCUUCAUGACCCAGAUCGCAAAACAGAUACUAUAGUAGCAGAUUUUGGUGAGAGUGCAAUUGGAAGAGUUGCACCGGUUGACUCUGGAUUCUGGUGGAUCAUUCUGCUGCGUGCUUAUACAAAGGCUACUGGAGAUUUAUCCUUGGCUGAAACUCCAGAUUGUCAGAAAGGAAUGAGACUUAUACUGGCCCUGUGUCUGUCAGAGGGAUUCGAUACAUUUCCAACAUUGCUGUGUGCCGAUGGUUGCUCAAUGAUUGAUCGGAGAAUGGGUAUUUAUGGUUAUCCCAUUGAGAUUCAAGCACUUUUCUUUAUGGCAUUGAGAUGUGCAUUGUCAAUGCUAAAACAUGAUCAAGAGGGGAAAGAGUUUGUGGAAAGAAUAAUGAAGCGCUUGCAUGCCUUGAGUUAUCACAUGCGGAAUUAUUUCUGGCUUGACUUCCAACAGCUAAAUGACAUAUAUCGCUAUAAAACAGAGGAGUAUUCACACACUGCAGUAAAUAAGUUCAACGUUAUUCCUGAUUCAAUCCCAGACUGGGUGUUUGAUUUUAUGCCCACACGAGGUGGCUACUUUAUUGGCAAUGUCAGCCCUGCAAGGAUGGAUUUUCGGUGGUUUGCUUUAGGAAACUGUAUUGCUAUAUUAUCUUCUUUGGCUACUCCUGAGCAAUCUGCUGCUAUUAUGGACCUCAUUGAAGCACGUUGGGAGGAGCUGGUUGGAGAAAUGCCCUUGAAGAUAUGUUAUCCUGCAAUUGAAAGUCAUGAAUGGCGAAUUGUAACAGGUUGUGAUCCAAAGAAUACCAGGUGGAGUUACCACAAUGGAGGGUCUUGGCCAGUGCUAUUGUGGUUGUUGACGGCUGCUAGUAUCAAGACUGGAAGACCCCAGAUUGCGAGACGAGCAAUUGAUCUGGCUGAAACCCGUCUUCUGAAAGACACAUGGCCAGAAUAUUACGAUGGAAAACUUGGGAGAUUUAUCGGUAAACAAGCGAGGAAAUACCAGACAUGGUCAGUGGCCGGAUAUUUGGUGGCGAAGAUGAUGUUGGAGGAUCCAUCACACUUGGGAAUGAUCUCCCUAGAAGAGGACCGGCAAAUGAAGCAUGUGAUUAGAAGAUCCCACUCCUGGACUGUCUGAAAACGCUGAAGCAAGGAAGGAAAAAAGUAGCAUGAAUGGGUAGAUGUAAACACAAGGCAAGAGUACUAAUUAUCUAUAAAAGGAAAAAAAAAAAAAGGUAUUCUUUUGGCAAUUUAUGUUUUAUGUUCAAUUCAAACUUUGGUUUUGUGUACAUUCACAUUGGCUGGAGUAGCUUUUUCUUCCUCUUAAAUAAGAGAUACAUUCUAAUC